UAAUGUAAUAAGGAAAUCAUACUCCUUCUCCUUAAAGAUCUAAUAAUGGAUUACAAGGAUAAUAGGGGAGAUCAUAAAAUCAAAAAAAAGAGUUUAAACUAUCAUAGAAAAAAAUGAUUAAUAUUCCUAUUAAAACCCAACGAAUUAACAAGAAUACUUAAUAAAUAUCAUCAUAGAGAAGUCCUAUCAAUAUGUCAACCAAAACUACUAAACAGACAAUUGAAACUAAGAGAAGUGUAUCACCAGAAGAAUUUAAAAAUAAGAGAAGAAGUAUUAAAUUAUUAAUAAAGUAGAAAGUCCUUAAUAAACAAAGUAGCAAUCAUCAAAAGACAAAAAUAAUAUAAAAUAAAACAAUAGUUCACCUUUAAAGAAAUAUAUAAAAUAAAAGUAGAAAUCCAUGUAAAUUAAAGAGAAUGAAAUAAAAUUGAAGUUAAAGGAUAAUGAAUAUAAGAAGUAAUUUGAAAAACUUUAAAUAGGCAAUGCAAUCUAGAUAAAUUAAAGAAAAAAACAAAGAAAAUUAUUGAAAAAUAGAAAAAACAAAAAAAUAAAUGUUUAAAAGAAAAAGUUUAGUAAAAAUAAAAAGUUAUAGAAAUAAAAAAAAAGUUUGAAGAAAUUACAAAACGAUUUGAAAAAUUUUAGAAUACUUAAAUAGAAUAAUUUUAACAUUAAAUAGAUUAAAAAUAAUAAUAAAAUUAAUAAAAAGAAGAAGAUAUUGAUAAUCUUUAUGAAUAUUAUUUAAAUUAAGCUGCUUUAACUAUUUAAAUUAAUUGGAAAGAAUAUUUGAAGAGAUAAAAAUUAAAAAGAAAAUUUAUUUAAUCUUAAAAACAGAGCAUUGAUUGGGAAAUAAAUGCAAUUAUGUCAUAAUAAACAUUAAAUAGCGAUGAAGGUUUAUUAUUUUGUUAAGGAGGAGAAAAGUAGGUUCAUAUAUCAAAUAUUAGAAGUUCUGUUGUAUCUGAAGAGUCUUUAUCAAUAAUGAAUCAACUUAACUAAGAAUUAGAUAAUUGGAAUAUUUAUAUUCAAAGUAUUGUAAAAAAUCAAGAUUUAUCAUAAAUUAAUAGGUAAAUGUAAUAAUAAAUAAUAAAUAUUGUUUAAAAUCAUUUGAAAAAAACUGAAAGUUAAUCUGAAAAAAGAAGUGAGAAUGAAAUAAAUCAAGAGAGAAGUUUUAAUUCUUACAGAAAAAAAUUAAGUGAUGAAUUAUCAAAAUCUUCAAUUUUAUAACUUCAAUAAUAGGCUUUAAAAGAAGAAGGAAAAUUAUUAGGUUUUCGAGAAGAAGCUAUAUAUCUUAGGUAUGAAACUGAAAAAAAAUCUAAAUAUUGUGAUAAUAAGUAAUCUCUUGAUGAAUGGCUCAAUAAAGAAUUAGAAGAUCUAUAAAAUACUAGGAAAGCAAUAGAAAUAUGCCAUAAGAGGGAAAUAUCAGCUUUAAAAAAGAUAUAAAGAGACAUAUUAAUAGCUUCUGAAGAAUUAGAUUAGGAUUCUUCAGAAAAUCAAUAAAUAUAGUUAAUAUCAAAAUAAAUUGAUGAUUAAUUUAAUUAAGUGACUAAAUAAAAGUAAGAAAAUAUAUAAUAGGAAGAUAUUUAAAAGACAAUUAAUUUUUUGACAGGAGAAAUCUUUAAUGAUAUAAUAGAUGAAUUAAUAGAUGAAGUAUAAAAUAAUAGAGAAAAUUUCUACAUAUUUUUUUCAGAUCUUGUUCUUAAUAAAGAUAUUAUUUCUAUUGCACCUACUUCAGUUAAAGAAAUCUAGUCUUAUCUCGAUGCCCUUUUUAAGUAUAUACUCGAGAAUUAUUCUAUUGAUCUAUUAAAAAACUUGAAUCUACCUUUCGGAUUUACUCCUUAGAAAAGAAUGAAAUUGAUACAUGGAUAUGAUGAUGAUGAAAAUAAUGAAGAAAUUGAUUAAAACAUAGCAUAUCCAUUAAGUGAUACUAUAUUUAUAGAGUUUGAAAAUUAGAGACUCUAAGAAUUUGAUUUGAAUGAUUAGAUUGCUUUUGCUAUUCGUGAAUUAGAGCAUAUACACAAUAAAGCUAUAUUUGAUGCAUGCAAUGAAGCUUUAAAUUAUGAAAGACCAUAUUUUUUAAGUAUUCAUAUUAUAUAAAAUAAGAUUCUGGAAUUGUGUAUCCAUGGUAGAAAAUUAAUCAAAGAAUUAUUAUGCCAAAUUAAUUGGAAUAAACCUUAGAGUAAUCAAAAAAAAAAGUUUUGGAUUGGAGUAGUUUUCUAUGUGGAUUUUUGCCUUUAGAAGAAAAUUAAAAUUAAAAUAUAAAGGAAGAAAAAUAAAAAAUUAUUGAAGAGAAAAAAUUAUCUAUGAAAUAACAAUAAUUAAAUUUAUUUGAAAAUUCUACAGGAUCAGAAUUUAAUUCAUAGUUUGAUAAUUUGGGUUUGAUAAGAGAUGAAUAAUUAUAUAAAUUACUUAUUUCAGAUGUAUAAUUUAAAUUUAUUUAGAUAAAAGAGUCAGAAAAUAAAUGGUACCUUGUAGAAGAUGAUAGAGUAGAUUAUUUAAUGGAAUUAAGUGAUUAAAUAUUUGAAUAUUUAAUAGAAGAAUUUUAAAAGGAAUUAUGA